UGGUUAUUGGUUUCACAUUCACACGGCUUUUCUUUUGUGUGAGGUUAAUAUAAAAUAUGCCCUAGUAGCAUCUCCAAGUAAUAUUUGUCACUAGUUAUUGCAUUGGUCUGAUAUUUCUCACAUAAUGGCGUCAGUUUCUACCGCUCCAGCGCCGGGUAUGCACCAGAUCGACUUGUCUAAGUUAAAUCUUCACCAGUUGGCUCAGCUCAAGCAGCAACUAGACCAAGAGCUAAAUGUCUUCCAAGAUUCUCUUUCAACACUAAAGAUGGCUCAAGGCAAAUUUGUGGAGUCUGGCGAGAGCGUGGACAAAAUUACACCUAGCAGCAAGGGCAAGAGUAUUCUGGUACCACUAACAGGCUCCAUGUAUGUGCCUGGUACUAUAGCAGAUACUGAACAUGUAGUAAUAGAUAUAGGCACGGGAUAUUAUGCACAAAAGGACAUAGAAGGUGCUAAAGAUUAUUUCAAAAGAAAAACCCAGUUUGUAACAGAACAAAUGGAGAAAAUCCAAGGCAUGGGCAUUGAGAAAUCAAAGGUCCGAGAAGCCAUCUGCAUGAUGAUGGAAAUGAAGCUGCAGGCUCAGGCGCAGGCGCAGAAGCCUUCCACCUCAUAACAAUGGAACAGGCCACUGACCUGCUUGCUUGAUCACAUAUUAAAAUUUACUUUGUAUUAAUACUGGUAUGAGUAAAUGUCACAACAUGUUUAACAUGGUUUCCAGCAAUAAUAAUGAUAUACAGUGUAAACUCCAUAUAACGUCACUGGAUAUAAUGAUUCGAACGUUGCUUUGCUUUAUAGUUAAUUUCUCUCUAUAUAACGAAAACUCUAUAGCGUCAAAAAACGUCCGGUCCCUUGAGUGUCGCUAUAUAGAGUUUACAUUGUGCUUUAUAUUCUAUAAAGCAUUUGUACAGUACUAGAUCACUAAUUUUAUUCUACUGCCGGAGUAGAAAACGUCUACAUGAAGAAUUACCUAUAUUUCAGAAAUGCUUAUGUCCUAAUUCUGUUUUGUUAUGACUGUUAUGAGAAUAGUCAACGAACAUUUUAUUAAUACCUGUUUAUUUAAAUUAUUAAUUAAUAAUUGUCAUGUGAAUUGCUUUUUUAAGAGUUGUGUUUGAAAAAAUGCUUUUAUAACUAAUGUGAAAUUGCUGGUAAGGUGUAUAAUCGGAAAAUUAGGACACAUAUUUUGUCUUUCACAUAAAUCACACAAGAUUUUAAUUUUGAAUUGUAAUGAUUUGGACCUUACAAGAAUAUGAAAUGUGUCGGUCUUUUUUGAAGGUGAAUCAUUGUGUGCACCCUUCAAUGCAUUAUGGAAUUAAUAAAAAAAAAGUAACGAC